AUGGAAGGUGUUAAUAGCAUAACACCGAGUGAUUACGUGGACGCUUUUAGUUAUAUUAACGAACGGCCAGUGGAUGAUAUAUCCUUGGAAUUUUUUUACAAGCCGCAUACCAUAACCCUUUUAGCUGUAUCAAUUGCAACAGUUAUAUACACGGCGUUUGUAAGAGAUGAAUCAAGUAUUCAAGACAACAUCUGGGCUGGGAUUUGCUGUGUAGUAUUUUUUUUCCUUAUUGUAUCAGUACUUACUUUUCCUAAUGGACCUUUUACAAGACCACAUCCUGCAGUUUGGAGAAUCGUUUUUGGAGCUUCUGUGCUUUAUCUACUUGCACUAUUAUUUCUGCUUUUUCAAAGUCAUUCCACUGUUUAUGAAAUAAUGUAUUGGGUUGAUCCAAAUCUUCGUAACUUCCACAUUGACAUGGAUAAGGAAUAUGCAGUUAAUUGCUCUGAUAUUUCCAUUGCAAAAGUUUGGUCUCAUGUGGAUGUUUUUGCUUGGGGACAUUUUUUAGGCUGGACAUUUAAAGCAAUACUUUUUAGACAUACGGGCUUAUUAUGGGCUAUUUCUAUAAUGUGGGAAAUCACUGAAAUAGCUUUUGCUCAUUUGUUACCCAACUUUUUAGAGUGUUGGUGGGAUUCACUUAUAUUAGAUGUAUUAGUGUGUAAUGGUUUGGGUAUUUGGUGUGGGCUGAAAAUUUGCAAAGUCUUGGAAAUGAGAGAAUACACAUGGGUCAGUAUAAGGGAUAUUUCAUCAACUACUGGGAAGAUUAAAAGAGCAAUACUUCAAUUUACUCCUGUUCAAUGGACUCCAGUUAGAUGGUUGGACCCUAAUUGCACAUAUAUGAGAUUCUUUGCUCUAAGUCAACUUGUUGUAUUUUGGCAAAUUUCUGAACUUAAUACAUUUUUCUUGAAACACAUCUUCGAAAUGCCGCCGUCACAUCCCCUUGUAAUCGCACGCUUGUGUCUCAUAGGAGUUAUUGUUGCUCCAUCAGUCAGGCAGUAUUAUACAUAUGUAACAGAUCCAAGGUGCAAGAGAGUCGGUACACAAUGUUGGGUUUAUGGCGCGAUUAUGUGUUAUAUCAUCAAUAUUUUGAGCCUACUAAGGACUCUGCUCCAGAGACUCCAAAAAAAGCCAAUUAGAAUUAAAAGGUAUCCUAAAGUUGAAGCUACUUACAUAUAUGUUGUGAUAUUAUUAGCUUACUUUUGA